AUGGGUGGUAACUGGUCUGAGCGUCUCCGCCGCCGCGUCAAAGGCGGCGAGGAUCCUGCUUCCGCGCCAAAGCCCGCCCCGAAGCCCGCUCCGCGUCGCAAGCUUCAGAAAAAGAAGCCUGGCCACGUCACAUGGGCGGAGCCUGAAAUCACAGAAUCCUUUGAGGUCACGAAAACACCUCAGGUCCCUGAAUCACCAAGGGCCGAACUCAAGAUCCCGGAAGCACCUCUAGAGGCCACUGAAGAGCCUGAGGUUGCCCGACGAGCCUACGGUCACAGAAACACCUGGGGCGACUGA